AUGGAGGUUGCUGGGUUAGUCCUGGGAGCUAUCCCAAUCCUCAUCGAGGGCGUUCGCACAUAUAGUGAGCUCUAUAGCGAAUGGGACAAGAGCAAGCAUCUUUUGGCAAAGCGCAGACGAGAGCUUUCGAUUGAGCACAUCAAGUUGCAACAGACGUUGGAUCAUCUUGGCCCUGAACUCGCCAUGGACACCAUCAUGGUGGAACCGGGCUCUGAAGAACACGAAACCAUCAUUGGAACCCUCAAGGAUAUGGGCGAUAGUAUACACAAGCUGAGGGAGCAGCUUGACAUAAAUGAACAAGGACUGCCAAAGUCGAAUCGCCGGGCAAAGGAUCAAUGGAAGAGGAUCAAACGAAGUUUCAAGAAAAAAGAGACAAUUGAUCUCUUUGAUGAGAUUCACCGAUACAAUGACAACUUGAGGGUCUAUUUCGAAGCGAGAAGAGAGAUUUCAUCGGACAAGACGACGGUGCAAGUUUCGGUCCAGCAGACUCGGCACAUUAGCAAAAUCUGCCAACAGCUGCGCAAAGAUCUUUGUACCCUCCAUGAUGCACUGAACCGAGUUCGCAAUGACACGUGCGCCAACUUACAUCCCAGCAUAAUCAACCUAGCCUGGCAUCAGCAAAAUUUCAACUUGUCCGGCAACAUUACUCUGUCCUUUCCGGAUCGCGAUACCUGCCACCAAAGCUCCUGGUCCUGGCAAGGUGUCAAGGCAGAGAUAGAGAGAAAGGAACCAAUCAAAAAGAUGAAUAUCAACCGAUCGGCCAUGGCAACAAAUCUCGAAUCACCCAUGAGGGCCGUAAGACUAAACACACCAGUUGAUGACAUCAUGGAACCUUCCACUGCAUCAGCCAGCACAACAGAUUCCACGCCACAACUGUCGGAACAAAUACUCACGCUUUGUUCCAUACCGCAAGAAACGCUUUCCAACGGUUUUCUGUCGAGCUCUAGUGUCGACGGCGAGGCAAGAAUAAAAUUCGAGAAAAGCCUGCCUCCCGGGAAAUCUAUGGACACAUUACCUUGGCGCACACUCUUGACCAAUGCCUCGGACUCUAGUCUUCAACAACGACUUGUCCGAAAGAGAAACAUGUCGAGAAAGGACGGCCUGGCAAUAGCCGCAGCCGCAACAUGGUCGGUGCUCCUCCUGUGCGGAACUCCGUGGCUCGAAGAGACACGAGUGGGAGCCAAGGACAUUACGCUGCUGGCAGAUAGUGCUUCAGGGAAACCCGAUGACUCGGGAUUUACUGGCGCAUCACCUGCUGUCCAGUUUGACUUCAAUUCCCCGAGUCCUCCAGGUACAGCUGGUCAGGAACCUCCCGAAAGAGGUCCCGAAAAGCCACAUAGCAUGAUUCGUCACCGCGCACUCUUUGCCUUGGCCAUUCUGCUCUUGGAAAUCGGGCUAGACCGGCCCAUCGCUACACUCGAGGACGAUGACACUUCUCUGCUCAAGAGCUAUGAAAUUGCCGAUGGCGUGGUAGAUGAGCUGUAUGAUGAGAUGGGAGAUGCGUACACGGAAGCUGUAAAGCGGUGUCUUGAGUUCAAUUUCGAGGGACGCAAAAGUCUAAAGCAUUUUGGCAAUGAGUCAUUGCGGCAGCAAUUCUUUCAUGGGGUUGUCGCGCCGGUACAAGAAAGAUAUAGCCAAGAGCAAACUAGACAUCGGGUACUUGGAGACAUUAAAGAGGCCAAGCUGCAUUAG